AUGUACCGCCAGAAUUUCGCUCCUCCGCCGGCGCAGUCGCCUCCGCUUCAUCAUCCCGUACCGCAGCAUGUCUCGACCGUCCCCAUGAUGCGUUCACCACCUCCUCCAGCUUCUCAGCAAUCCCAGACGUCCAACUAUGGGAAUCCCUAUCAGCCGGCUCCUGCGCAAGGUGGUAGUGGGACGUACGCCCCUGGAUUUGGGGGGUUCAUUAAUGAUCCCGCCGCGCAGAUGGGAUUUCAGGUUGGUAAGACCGCAAUGAUGGCUGGACAAGAAUACAUGGAACAGAAUUUCAACCGUUAUGUCUCGAUACCAGCCCUUAAACAUUACUUUAACGUUUCCAACUCUUACGUUUUGAACAAACUGGUUCUUGUGCUUUUCCCUUGGCGACACAAGCCUUGGUCUCGUCAGCAGGCGCGCAUGACGACAGCGACGACAGGUCCAAAUGGCCAGAUCUCUCAACAGCAGUACUCAUCCAUGUUCCUGCCUCCUCGGGAUGACCUGAACUCGCCCGACAUGUAUAUUCCGGUGAUGGCGCUAGUCACAUAUAUUCUCCUCUCUUCCAUGCUGGCAGGGUUUAGAGGCAAUUUCCAUCCGGAACUUCUGGGGUCGACUACCACUACCGCGAUUGCGGUCAUGCUGUUUGAGAUUCUUUGCUUAAAGCUGGCCAUGUAUAUUCUCAGCAUCAACAACGACUCGCAGUUGUUGGAUCUCGUUGCGUACUCGGGCUACAAAUUUGUCGGGAUUAUCCUGACCUUGGUGAUAUCUGAGGUUUUGACUCCGGGGAGGGGAACCGGUGGCUGGGUUGGCUGGGUCGUGUUCGUUUACACAUUUAUGGCCAAUGCCUUCUUCCUGCUUCGAUCCUUGAAAUACGUUUUGCUUCCCGACUCGACCAGCGAUACCUCCAUGCGCACGGGAUCCAUGCAUACAGUUGCCCGCUCGCAGCGUAACCGUCGCACGCAAUUCUUGUUCAUCUACUCCUAUAUUGUCCAGUUUAUUUUUAUGUGGGUCUUGAGUCGUGAGGGGCCUGCGGCAGUGGGGUCUCCCAACGCAGCGGGCGCUGGGACGUCGUUAUAA